AUUGUUGGUGUAGUUUUACACGCCUUAUAUAGCCUCGAAGUGCAGAGCUGUCAUUCUCAGCGGGAUAAAGCGAGUGGUUGCUGCACGGUUAUACCUUCCCCCUUCUCCUUCGCACGGGCAUCGUCCUCCUUAUUUCAAUCCUCAACUUUGUUUCCUGCAAAGCCCCCCUAACCCCAUCCUUCCUCCCUCCAAUUAAGUUCCCCAAACUGCUCUUCAAGCAAGCAGCAAACUUUUAAGUUGUUUUUGUUGUUGUUAUUUUGUGCCCCUCCAACGACGAUGGACUUGUACAAGGUUACCCUAGAAGGACCGGCUCCGUGGGGGUUUAGACUACAGGGAGGAAAGGACUUCAACAAGCCUUUAACCAUGUCCAGGAUCACGCCUGCUGGCAAGGCAGAACAAGCAACUGUCGGGAUUGGAGAUACUGUGAUAUCCAUUGACGGUGAAAAUACCGAAGGAAUGACUCAUCUGGAGGCACAGAACAAGAUUAAGGCCUGUGCAGGGAUCUUGAAACUAUCCCUGGGGAGAGCUUAUCGCACCCCUGGCAGCUGUGAUGAAAAGGAUGUUAAGUUUGCUGCAUCUUCUAUUCCGAAGUAUUCGUUUGACUCCAGCAUGCCAUUGAAUAAGACAGCAAGACCUUUUGGUGUUACAUCUACGGAAAGUUCACAUUCAGGGACACCAACAAAGUCAGUGAGCUACAAACCUGUUUCAUUAUACACACCACCUUCCGCUUUGCCUAGUACUGCACCUGCAACGCAGGCACAGCUAAAAUAUGGCUUAGCCACAGAAAAACGCAACUCAACUGCAUCCACACUGCAGCAUCUGAAUGGUCCUGAGGCAGGUGCUGCAGAGGAGACAUUUGACCUAGCUUCUGCUUUUGAGCCCAUCCCGAAGACCUUUGAAGAUCCAGGGUACCGUCAGCCAAGGGCUGUUCCAGUACCGUCUGCUCCGACUUGCAGACCGCCUUGGGUGGUGGACGAUUCCUUUGCUGAGAAGUAUGCACCAAACAAAACCACCACUAUCCUGACCAAAUACACUCAGCCUGCUCAGCCAACCCCUCAACAGAACCGAAACUCCAUUGUCCAGGCAGCUCAACAGGCACCUGAUGGGACCAAUAGGACUCCUGUGUGUGCGCAUUGCAACAAGGUCAUCAAAGGUCGCUAUCUUGUAGCUUUGGGCCGCUCUUGGCAUCCUGAAGAGUUUACUUGCAAUCAGUGUAAUAUGACCUUGACUGAGGGAGGAUUCUUUGAGGAGAAAGGCUCCGUGUUUUGUGGAAAAUGCUACGAAAAUAUGCACGCUCCCAAUUGUGCCAAAUGUAAACAGAAGAUCAUAGGCGAAAUUAUGCAUGCCUUGAAGGAAACAUGGCAUAUUAAGUGCUUCACCUGUGCUGCAUGUAAAACCCCAAUCCGCAAUAAAGCAUUUUACAUGGAGGAAGGUCAACCCUACUGUGAGAAGGAUUAUGAGAAAAUGUUUGGUACCAAAUGCCAUGGUUGUGACUUCAAGAUUGAUGCUGGUGACAGGUUUCUUGAAGCUCUAGGGUACAGCUGGCAUGACACCUGUUUCGUAUGUGCGGUAUGCCACAUAAACUUGGAAGGCAAGACAUUUUAUUCCAAGAAAGAGAAGCCUUUAUGCAAGAGUCAUGCUUUUUCAGCUGUCUAAUUCUACGCUGAUGAUGGUCACCAGAGAGCACGAUAGAAACCUGGCUCAGACAAGCAGAAUCCUCAUUAGGGAGCUUGGAUGAAGUCGCAACGAACUGAAGUCGCAAAGGAAUUUUGGCUUUCUGGUACAAUAAAAAUAUAUGCAACACUUCAGAGAGGCAAUUAAUCAACACGCAAACUGUUACACAACUGUUUCUCAAAGGGCCAAUUAUCUUGCUUCUCUUUUUGCUGGGCAUGUAAUCUCCUAUAAAUUUUAAUUUGCCUUUUUGUUCCAAAGGGAAACAAGCUUAAUGGUAGCUCGCUUGGAAUCCAUUCAGCAAAAGGAACUCUCCAGGCAUUCCAUCUUUAUCACUCUUUUGCACACAAUGUAUAUUGUUUAUUACCUGUUCUUUGAGAAUGUUCUAACCAUGCAGUAUCACUUUUUAUAUGGAUUAUAUUGCUACUUGUAAAACAAAAUCAAUGUCAGUAUUUACCCACAUACUUUAGAACUUUGAUUGUUGCAAAUUAGUUUGGUUGUGUGCUAUAGCUAGUAUUUAGGAUUUAAAAAAACCUAUUUAAAGUGUCCUUAAUAAGGAGUAACCCAAAUAGCUUAUAAGAUACUAAUUUACACUCACUCCUUAUGUAUGUGCAGUAAUUGCACUUUCAAUAUCCUGUGCCCUGCAGGAAAUGGGGAUUCCAGAAAAAAAAGCUUAGAUUCACUGAAACUA